GGGCGAAUUGACCAGCUGUGAGGAUGAUUUUGCUGCCCAGUGUGACAAUCUAGGGGUAAAUUUUUCUUACAUAGAAGUUUUGUCAGUUGAAAGAGGUCUUUCCCACCUGUUAAAACCAGUUGCUCUCCUGCUGGAUAUGUUAAUGAGACCUCUUAAUAAAAAUUUUUAGAAUGCAAAUGCAAGCUAGGCGGUGAAAAAUCCUGGAGUGUAUCGCAUUUUCUGUAACAUGAGAUGGCAAGAAUGAGAGUAGUCACUCACUGACUCUUUGUAUUGGAGGCUAAUUUAUUGAAGAUUACCCCCAGGUAAUUUUUUUUUGGUUGCUGUAACAUUUUGAAGGAUGUCAUUUAGUUGCUGCAAAGAAAGAUUAAUGGUGAAAGUGACCUUGGUCAGUGCCCAGACCUUGAGAAAAGCUUGGUCCAGAGUUCAACAGCGUAAAAUUACCUUCCAUAGCCAUAAUGUUAUAAACUGGAUUUGAAUUUAUGCAGAUAGGAAGAUGGAUGGCACAAAAAGCAAAAGAUGCUGAUAAAGUGAAUGCUGAAAAUGAAACUCAGAGAAGAAUACAUCAGGAAAAACUCCAGAAAGCUCUUAUAGAUGCAGCAAAAGAACAUGUACAAGUAAAUUUACCAAAUUCUGAUCAGCCAGCCAUACCAUUCUGUGCGAUCAUAUCUGUCCCCUCAUACCCUGACAAAAAGUUUGAUGCCCAUGAUGGGGAAGUAAAUGCAGCAAGAUUCAGCAAUUCAGGAAGAUUGUUCGUGACAGGAGGCGCAGACAGAAAAGUAAAAGUCUGGGAAAAAGUCAAUGGAAACUAUACAUUAAAAGGUACCAUGCAUGGUAGUAACGCAGGCAUCAUGUCCGUACAAAUUGAUCCUCAGGAAAAACUUGUUUUGGCGGGAUCACAUGAAGGCGCAUGUCGAGUAUGGACACUUGGAGAUCAGAGACUUCGGCACACUCUAACAGGUCACUCACAAAAAGUAAUGUCUGUAAAAUUCUUUGGAGCAGCAACAAAAGUAGUUUCUGGAGGUCAUGACAGGACUUUAAAAAUCUGGGAUCUCAGAAGCAGAGUGUGUACGCGGACAAUAUUUGCGGGAUCCAGCUGUAAUGAUAUUGUAAUCAAUGAGGGCAUGGGAUCACAGGUGGCUAGUGGGCAUUUAGACAAGACUGUUAGAUUCUGGGAUGUAAGAUCAGAGAAUCAGUCGAGUGUUGGAGAAAUAACACUUCAAGGAAAAAUAACAUCGUUAGAUUUAUCUCCAGACAUGAACUGCAUGUUAGCAAGUGCAAGAGAUGACACAGUUAAAUUACUUGAUUUGAGAAUGAACCAGGUCAUGUCAACUUGUAGUGCUGAUGGUUUUAAGGUUGCAAUGGAUUACACAAGAGCAUCCUUCAGUCCUGAUGGCCAGUAUGUGAUAUGUGGGUCUCAUGAUGGUAGUAUUUUUGUUUGGAAUGCAGCAACAGCAAAGCUAGACAAGAUUCUUAAAGAACACAGUUCUUCAGUAGUCGUGUGUGCGUGGCACCCUGACGGCUCAAGCAUCAUCAGCUGUGAUCGUAACAAGCAUGCAAUUAUCUGGACAAACAGAUACUAAUUAAGCAUUGGAUGAUGUGCUCUUCAAUCAAAGAAGCAAUUGCAAGCAAACACCACUUGUAUGCAUGGUUACAACAAGAAUUAUUAGUCAUAAAUAACAGUCUUAUGUAAGUUAAGAUGUCUAGUUUAAGAUUGCAAUCUUUUGGCAAUGUAAUGUUGUUUUAGAUCUAACAGAAAAUUAAAAUAAUUUAAGACAGUUUUUAGAAAAGAAGGGUUUGCAUUAGGUAUUUUGUUGUAAGAAAUUAUUUUUUGUGCAUAUUAGAGAAAAUGUCUCUUAAAGUGCAGCCAAAAAAUCAAUAAAUAAAUGACACAAGUCUUGA